GCGUCUAGUGUCUAAUGAUAAUGUGCAGUGCGUUUACCUCGAGGACUCCUACACGGUUUGCUUCCCUUCCCCCCUCUAUUUCGCACCAAGAUGGCUGAUCAAGACUUUCCGGAAGAAACUCAAUAUCUCCUUUGUCUGGCUAACAGUCAGAGAAAUCCAGACUUACAAGGAUAUGCUGUGAGAUUGUCCAUGUUCGUCGCGAACGUGUGCAUAGCUAUUCUCAUCGCAUGGUCGGAACACGUUGUCAAACAAUCUGUUAACGUUGUUAUGCUCCAGAACUUUGUCGUUCUCGUCUGUACAGCCAUUAGUAUGGCCAGAAGGGACCUGUCGGUCUCCGACGCACAUUUCGCGCUCACCUUGACGAUAUCCCCACUCUCCAUCUACUUCGUGUACUCGACCUUUCGUUUUGUUCGGAAACGUCCAAACCAUCUCUAUGCUUGUCUAGGAUCCGCAAAAGUUAUCACCGCUAUCAUGUCGACGAUCCUGUUGGUUUGGUGGACUGUCUUCGACCUGCUGAUAUAUUUCAGCGAUGUUUACAAGGACAGUAACUGCAGGGCCACACUACGAGGGUGGAUAUUGUAUAAAACCCUAUCCUCUUUUAUCAACCUGAUAUUUGCGCUGGUUUUGAUACCUCUCAUCCCGUUAUUCUGGAUAAUCUAUUUCAUUCGACAUUUCAAGGAUAUUCGGGAGGAGUAUCGGAGGCAUAUGAAGAAAACUGAUCUUUGGGAACGGUUUCAGUGGGUUCAGCUUCUUGGGAGGGGUAUCAAAUCAUUUAUGAUUGCGCAAUGGGACGUUAUCACCCGUUCGCAUAAAUGGUUGUUCUUCCUGAACAUACUCGUCUUCUACGUGACUUGGGCUGGCUCCCUACUCAUAUGGGUGGUCGACGUCGAAGACUUCUUUUAUGAAGUCGUGGUUACUACAUUCGACCCAGACGCGCCACCACCGAAGGAUGAUGGUUUUGACCCGCUUGGGUAUGGGCAGCUGCUCUCGGUAGCUAUAGCCAUCGAACCCGUUUGGGCGGUUUUGAAGUUGACCUUCUUCAGAAGGUAUGACAUACUAUCGUGGGUCAAACAAUGGCCGCAAUCGGUUUGGAACGGUAUCGUUUUCAUUUUUACGGGCCACCGGAACCCAUGGAAGAAGAUUUCGGAGAUGCAACGGAUGCACUCGGAGUCGGAUGGGGGGGCAGAUUAUACUUAUAACCAUCUGUUCCACCCACAUGUGCUCGAGUUUAACGAGUUACCCAUUUUAACGAAGGAGUCGAUUUAUGAAGAAUCGUUAAUGGAACCGGCGUCCGCUGGAGAGGGUGCCAAGGCGCGGGUUAUGUUUUCGAGGGCGGCUUCGCCCCAGCUUGUUACGACGUAUUUCGACCCGUAUUCCGAAGUAUUAGAGGAUGGUCACGGACACUAUAGACGUAGUAAAACGAGUUCGUUCGAUAGCGUGUAAUUUGUAAUUGUAUCUAAUAGCUUUUUUGACCACGC